CUGAUUACGUCAUACAAUUACCGCCCACUUUGAAGGCCCGCCCCCCGUGACUCCAGCUUGACACAAUGCAGUCUUGGGUUAGAGACCAUUAAAAAUCACACUGUUGUUUGAACCUCAGCGCUCUCGGUGUUUUUAACAGAAACCGUCGGAGCAGCCUAGUAGUAUUAUCACAAUUACAACGUAUGUAAGUACACAGUGGAAUUAAUCAAGAGAUUUUACCACGGCCGCGUUUUGAGGCGGAGGGAUCUUUGUGACGAGAGAGAAAGAGCGAGCUCCAUCCGCAUCCACCGUGUUUGCAAUUGAAUCUUAGUUUUCGCGUCACUGCUUGGUUUUUCUAAUUGGUCUCUGCCCUCAUUUAGAUGGCAAGCUUCCCAGACUCUAUAAACCAAAAUGAUAUAGGUAAGGCAAAGUUCAUUGGGGAACUCCUGGUGCCCGUUGCUCCCUUUGACCAGAAAUCAGGCCGUGAAGCUUGGACUGUAGCCUUUGCGCCCAAUGGUUCUUACUUCGCUUGGUCUCAGGGCCAUCGCAUUGUUAGGCUUAUUCCCUGGACAAAGUGUCUGGCCAAUUUUUCAGUGUCCCAGGAUGGGGAGGGCACUAAUGCUUUAAGUCCCCGACGUUUUUCCCGUCAGAACAGUGAUGAAGGCCAAUACGUACAGACAGCUGGUGAUCCCAGAGAGCACACCAUUGACUGUGGCGACAUCGUCUGGGGUUUGGCAUUUGGCUCAUCUGUGCCUGAAAAGCAGAGCCGCUGCGUUAACAUCGAAUGGCACCGGUUUAAAUUCGGCCAGGACCAGUUGCUACUGGCAACAGGCCUCAACAAUGGUCGCAUCAAAAUCUGGGAUGUUUACACAGGAAAACUGUUGUUGAAUCUCAUGGAUCAUUCUGAUGUAGUGCGUGAUUUGACCUUUGCUCCUGAUGGUAGCCUCAUGUUGGUCUCUGCAUCCAGAGAUAAGACCCUUCGUGUGUGGGACCUCAAAGAUGAUGGUAACAUGGUGAAAGUUUUGAGGGGUCACCCGAAUUGGGUCUACUGCAGCGGAUUUUCCCCCGAUUCGUCGAUCCUGUGCUCUGUCGGCACAGGCAAAGCAGUGUUCUUAUGGAACAUGGAUAAAUACACAUUAAUCCGAAAGUUGGACGGACACCACAAUGAUGUGGUGUCUUGUGAGUUUUCACCAGAUGGGGCGCUGUUAGCCACUGCGUCCUAUGACACUCGGGUCAUUGUCUGGGAUCACCACAAAGCCACCAUCCUUCUAGAGCUGGGACAUCUCUUUCCUCCUCCAUCUCCGAUUUUUGCUGGAGGGUCAAAUGACCGCUGGGUGCGCUCUGUGAGCUUCUGCCCUGACGGCCGCCAUAUUGCCAGCAUUACUGAUGACAGACUGGUCCGUUUCUGGAGUAUUGAAGAAAGAGCUCCUCAGGCCAUCAACACUCUCUAUAAUGGACUUUGCUGUGCCUUCUCUCCUGAAGGAAGUGUCCUUGCUGCUGGGACACGGGACGGUGGUGUGUACUUUUGGGAAUGUCCUCGUAGCACUGCCAGCCUGCAGCACUUGUGCAGGAUGGCUCUCAGGCGGGUGAUGACAACACAGCAGGUGGAGUUGUUGGCUAUUCCCACGCCGCUCUGUGACUACCUGUCCUACAAAGUCAUUUGAUUCUCUUCAGGCUUCGGGCAUCCGUGUGCAGCGUCCUGGCAUGCUGACAAAGAAUCAAUUUGUCUCUUUAUUUAUUUUCAAAGAACCAUGUAAAGUUUGUGAAAGUUGAGGAUUAUAAUAUCUCAGAUCCUCAUCACAUUGUCACAGACUAGGAUGUUAUUUUGCAUGUAUUUAUUUUUCUAAUUGGUUAUUAUAUGAUUGUGUGCUGAGGCCAACAGGUCAACAAUUCCUGUAAGGUCAACUUUUUUUUUUUUUUGUCUCAUCUCCAUCAAUCCUCAUCUUUUAACAACAGUUUAAGUAUUCAGCUUUUCUUCCUUCUUGCUCAGGCUCACUUAAACAGUCAUCUUUUCCUCUGAUUUGAAAUGGCUAUUGCACUUAGUAGGAGGAACUUUGCUGUAAUGCAUGGUUUUUAUAUUCUUUUCUGUUGACAAAUGGACGAGGUUUCGGUAACAUACAGUGAUCUUAGCAUAACUCCUUUAUUUACUUAAUAGUUUGAACCAAUAUUUACCAUUUUCUUUAACUUUUCAAGUAGUACUCAGUCCAACAGAAAAUCAACAGUUGUGAUUUUAGUCAUCUUCUACUGCUUUACAAACAACAAAAUAGGUGUGGUUUUCCUAUUUUUCUUACUACGUACUUUUUUGCCCUUCACCCUUGUCUAACUUUCAAUCUUACCUGUGAUAUGCUCACCCUAGUGUAGCACAUUCACCAUGCAAACUGACUGACUUCACUCUGAAUGUUUUUUUUUUUUUUUCCUACUCUCUUUCAGACCAGUGUUUGACACCUAAUGAAAACAAAGCACCUCUUAGGAUUAACUGCCAGCCUGUGUAAAGUCUCCAUGACAUAUGUAAUGUACAUACAGUGUCUGUAAACUUAAUCGUCACUGUGAAAGUAUAAGCAAGUCAAUAGCCCCCUUAGCUUUUAAGUUCCAAGAAAACAUUUGGGACAGUGUGGCACUCAUUAGUGCCUUGUGUACCAUUUAUGAAAUAGGCAAGAAUUGUGGAAGUAUGCAACCCAAGGAUCAAUGUCAUUCCAGUCUCAUUUGAUGCAAGUUUGCUUUAUUACAAAUAUGCACAAGCGACAGGAAUGCUUGAAAAUUAUUUGUUUGUUACAUUCAAUUUGUACUGUGUGUGAAGAAGGGAAAGUGAGCACUCAUUUUGUGUUAAUGUAAGCAAAUUGGUGCAGAGCAGCUGUCAGAUUCUUCUGAGCAGUAUGUUCUCAGCCACUGAAGGUUGGAUUGCCCAACAAAGUACUACUUGUCAGCUUUUGGAAUAAAUACAUCUAAAGCUCUUUGCAGUAUGAAUUGUUGAAGUGAAAGUUGAGAAUUGAAUGUAAGCUCCUGCCAUUAAGGUAAUUUUUUUUUCAAAGUUUCAAUAAAGGUUUUUUAACUCA